UCUGCAAAACACACACACACAGACACACACUUAUGCUCUGCAAAGCUGUUCUCAUGCUCAGAAAAAGAGGGGAGCAGAGGAGAGGACAGCAGGCUUGCUGAGUGGUGACAUCGGCAAAAAUAGAGUUACUAAGAGAGGCCAAGGGUGGACGGAGACGUUCGUCAAACCCUGGAGAGUGGACAGCAAGGACGUGGUCACGUCCCGUGACUUAUUCUGAUAUAGGACAUAUAGGACACGCUGAUCCGGGUGGAGGUGCCAAGACUCGGCUUCCAGGACCGGCCUCAGGAUGUCCAGGAGGAGGUCCACAGGUGAUCUGGUGCCCAAGGACAUCACCGAGAUCUUAGCCAGAGAGGCAAGGGCUCAGCGUGGGCAGAAGAAGCAAGGAAGCUCCCUGGGACAGGCCUUCAGCUGGCUUAGGGGGAGUCGGAGGAAGAAGAGCCUCGGUAAUGGACUGAACUGUACGUUCACUGGUAUAACCGAUGCUAAACCGGGACUUCAAAACCAGGACGCUGCAAAAGCUGGCCCGAAGGAGAAUGAAGGCCAGAAGAGGUUGGCAGUGCACUACACAGCCUCUCAGCACUACCAGGAAAAUGUUUUCAUUGAGGGCAGCAGGUCUCAGUACCUGGAGGACCUGCACACUGAAGCUCAGGAGGGGCUCAAGAUCCUGCAGCAAGAAGAACACAAGAAUGGAGUGAACUUUCCUGAUGAUGAAAGCAUUGCUUCCACAGACACCCUGAGACCGGAGCAGUAUGUCAGCUUCAACGACGGAGCCUGCUCUCCAGAGUCCAGCUCCUCCACCGGGAAUCCAGAUGGCACACUGACCUCUGCUGUGAUGACUCAGCCGCCGCUUACCCACCAAGGUUCUACAUUCAAGCCUCCAAAUCCAGUGAAAAGAUUAGAUCGGAGCAGGAAGAGGAGCAGGAGAACCACCAUCAUGGGCAUUCCCAACCAGGUCCAGAAGGAGCUCGCUCUGCACAGAAGUUCCACCUUUCAGCCGCUUGUUUCUACUCAACUCCCUGACCACAACAAGAAUGACAUGCACGAUGGCCAAUCGGGUGUUGUUAUCAUCCCAACGGUUGAUGGAGGAGCUCCAGUGGUGAAUAAGGAGGGAGCAAGAGUGCAUCUUUCAGAGCUAGAGACUAUCCUCACUCGAAUGCAGGCAUUCAGAGACGAAGAGUUGAAGAGGCACCUCCAGGCAGUGUACAAAGAUGAGCACAACCACCAGGACUUUGGUUCUCAUCUCUGCCCCUCAUCCAUCAGACCCAAGUCCCUUGCAGUACCAGGCAUGACCACUUCCUUUUCCAUCUCUCCUUCCAUGUUUAACUUCCUCCACGAACCCCAGGGCCCAGUGAUGUCCAUCUCUCCCCAGGCCACUUACUUGUCGACAAUCAUCCCUAACGCCGUCUUGCCCGCUGCAGUUGAAGUAAUCGAGAUUGAUCGCAGCACCAGCCGGACUCGUGGUAGCAGUGUCAAUCACGGCGGCAGCGAUCGCGCUGUAAGCAAAAGCAGCCUGACAUCUGGGGACUCAUCAGUCACCCCUGUGUUGUCCAGAAGUUCAGAUGAUGACGGCUCCCAGAAUAAUACCUCUCACAACAACUCCACGCUGAUGACCUCAUCACCAUCAGGGUCAAACUGGAGUGAGGCACAAUCCUCAAAGAUGAUUAUUUCACAUUCCUCGCCUGCAUUAUCCAAGAGGGGAGGGCUAAAUGUGCAGGACAGCAAAUCCGAGCGGUCUGAGGACCAGGACCUUGUGAGUCUCCGUAGUGUAGUUAGUGCGAUGAGCAACCUCAGCAACACGGGGGAUAAUGGUGCAGAGCACGGGUCUGGGUGUGGUGCACCAGAGUCAGCAGCUGCAGGGGAUCAAGCAAAGGACAAGCGCAACUUCACUCGAAGUCUUUCUGUCCUGAAGACCAAACAACCUCCAGCACCUCCCCGGAGAACAAACUCUCUGCAUGGCAAGAAGAUCAGAAAUGAAGCGAGGCUUGUGGUACAGAUAAAAGAUCUCGGUGAUUCUGCCUCUGAGAAAACUUCCACUGAAAAGAAUUCAGUAGAGGACAACCAAAUGUUAGCUCAAACAAACACCAGAGGGAUUUGCACACCUGUGUCAAACUCCACUGGGUCCAGCUGUGAAGGAUCCCCCUCACAGGCCUCUUCACCCCAGACUGGAGGAGUAACAGAAUCGCUGCUAGAAUCCUGCACCUCCUCCCCACUGAAAACUCCCCCAGACGGAGAGAAAUUUGAACGGACAAUGUCCCCUUCCAGCGGCUACUCCAGUCAAAGUGGCACUCCGACGCUUUCCCCCAAAGAGAUCUCCCCAACCUCUCCAGACCAGCAGAAAAAGAAGCCGGUAAAACCAGAGAGAUCUGGGUCGAGGGCCUCGUCUUCAGCGGCCUCCGCUUCUUCCUCACUCACCUCUUUGUCAUCUGGUACGUCUGAGCUUGCAAAUCCAGAUGUUUCCAUGUGCAGUUCAACUCUCUCUCCACAGGAAUCUUUACCAACCAUUGCUACAAAAGACCUUACGUGUAAUAACAACCCUUCACAUUUUGGGGUAGAAAUCAGGGACCUGUUGAACAUCCCACCACCCCCUAAAGUCAAAGCUCCGUGUCCUCCCCCUCCAGAGACGUGGGCUCACAACAGGCACACCGUUGAGUUCCUGUGCGGACCAUUUCCUAAUGUCAGCAAAGAGGCCCAGAAGCCAACACAGAUUCAGGAGACCACCAUUAAACAGGCAGACACCCAAACAGAAACUGGAAAGAAUGGGCAAAUCGAAGAUGAAAACCAAACAAAAGUAGGAGAACCCGCUUUAGAAAUGUCCGAAAGUAAAACAAAGCCCGAGGAAUCCUCAGCAAUGAAUCAUCGGGGUGCGGACAUGGAGGAUGAGCUCAAGGAUUGUCCAGUUAUAGAACAAAUCCAGCAGGAAGAAAAGCAAAACACAUGUAGCAUGUCUGCUGUGAAGGAGCCAGAGCCUCAAGAAAAAACUCCAAAGAAAGAUCCCCCUCCUGUCAUGAAGAAACCUCUGGCAGUGCUGCACAGAAAGGCAACGACAAAGCAGCCGUUAGAAACACAACCGAUGGAGCUGGGUGGCAGCGCCGCCACAGAGGUGGACGCUGCUUCCCAGAGCCCCGUAACCGUGGUCGUUGAGGAGAGUGAGAUGGAUGGAGGUGAAGUCCCAUCCCUGCAGACACUUCCAUCAGAGCUCCCCAAAAUGAAUAAGAUCUCCCCGCCACCUACACCCCCUCCAACAUACCACCCUACACCUCCUCUUUCGAGGAAACCUCACCCCCUCUCGGGAUCUAUACCAGCUAAUGAACUGCAGAGGGUGCAGGAGGAGUUGCAUGCGGUGGAGUCUUGCUGGCCACCUCCCCCACCUCCUCUGGAUGGGGAGUCUGCCUUUGAGGGAGAAGAUGAUGCCGAUUUUCCUCCACCCCCUCCACCACUCGUAACGGACACUUGCAUCAAGGUGUUGGACCUUCCUGAAGAGCAGAUUGUAGAAAACCAAGACGUGCCCCAAACGAUUUCACGACCGGCUGCAACUGACGGCGAACCAUUGGCUGAUGGGCAAAAUUCUGAUGGAGGGGCUUCUUGUCCACUAGUGCAGAAUAUUGCUACAGAUGGUGUCACACCUCCAUCAGUGGAAUCACCUCCUGUGCCGCCUGUUACCAGAGCAGAGAGCCCAGUAUCAGCCAUGGCUCUUCCUCACUGCGAUUUCAUGAAGCGUAACUCUCUAAAAGCGGAUGAUCAGUCCCCAUCUGCUCCUCCGGUCAGUCCUCAACCUCCAGCUCCACCCAUCGUACCAGUAGCACCACCUCCACCAACGGAGAAUUUAACUCAUGGGGUCAAUUUCCGAAGGCAACCCAGUGGAGCAUAUAGAGACACGAGGAGCAAGGAACUCCUCUCCCGUCACAAAAGUGCACUCAUUCCUAAAGAGGACGCCAACAUCCCACUUGUCACCCCCUCGCUCCUCCAGAUGGUUCGUCUCAGAUCGGUCAGCGUGACUGAAGAUGAGGUGAAAGCUCCAUCUGAGGAUAAAUCCACCGCAGAGAAAGAUCCAGUGCAGGAGAACUGUCCCGUUUCUAUCCAAGGACUUCAGAACAUUCCUCAAAAGCCUAUCCGAAAGUCUUUGUCACUGAAAUCUCCCCCUCAGACUGUAAAAGCAUCCUCAGUGACACUGAACUCGCCUUCAACGCGCAUGCAGGAGGCCAUACGCAUGAAGACUGCAGCCAUGUCUUCAAGGGACUGUCUCCCCUCCAGGCUGGGUGUGAAGUCAGCCAGUUACAGCUGCACCAGUGAAUCAGGAGCUCCGGCUCUGAAAGCGCCCGAAAGCAGUGACGUGCACAAGUCCCCAGCUUCUACCGCCAGCUUCAUCUUCUCCAGAAGCACAAAAAAAGUCGUCAUAGACACUGCGGCCGCCUCUCCCGAAGCUCAGGCGAGUCUGAAACAGAGCCUGGCGGCGGAGCUCAUGCAAGUCUCAGAACAAUCGAAGGCUGCUGCCUUCUCAAAUGGAGCAGUGAAGUGUGACAAGGUUCCUCCACCUGUAGCGAAGAAGCCGACCCACAGCAGCAUGAGUCCCUCACACAAUUCCCAAAGCUCUUCUGCAAAGAUGGAGCUCAGUGCUGAAGGAAACGGAGCCAUUGGAGGAAUGCAACACACACCUGCAUUGGCAUCACCUGAAACAAUGACAAGAGUGACAGCGGACACGAUUGAAACACUGUUUUGAAAGAGACACGGACGAGACGAGACAAGACUACAAGCAAGUCACAGGACAACUCACAGCGGGGAUUCAUUAACAUUAACCUCAGCUCUCUGAGUUGUGUGCUGUCUUCUCCAAAAGCCUUAGCCUGUAAUGGCCUUCCUACAUACUUAUGCAAAAAAAAAACCUGUCACUCCAAGUUUCUUAAAAAACACGUACAAACAAAAAAAAGAAAAAGCUUUAUUAUUGAGUAUUUUUCUAAGGCAUAGUUUAUCUCCUAUUCAGGGCCCUCAGGGUGAAGUGGUGAACGUUGGCUGAACAGCAUGUGUUUGGCCUGUGUGAGAUCGCCUCCCAGAGGUUAAAAUUAGGUAACGUCAACUACGACUUAAAGCAGAUUUUCUGUAGAUUUCUUGUCUUUCUUUUCUCCCUCUCCUUCUGUUGUAAUAUAAUGCAUACAAGUUUUCACAUGACUGCAGAGUAUCCGUACAGGACGGGACUUCCCUUUCCUGACUAGACCACCACGUUUGGUUUCAUCCUGCUUUCUCACUGCGUGUAAAAAUAGCCAGAUGAUAAAUUAAUGUUCAACCAAAAAAAAAGCUUUAAAUUACAUCAAUUUCUAAAAUAUCAGACGGUUGCUUCCCUCAAAGCUUUGAGUUUAGACAUACUCUUAAGAAAUCUUUUGAAGAACUGUAACACACGCAUCUUAUUUAUUUAUGUGUGGUUGUUUCCUCUAGUAGCACUGUCAGUCACCUUUUCCUACCAAAUAUGAAAUAUUUAAGACUAUUUCAACUGCGACCCUUUGAUAAGGGCUUUGAUUGUGGCCCUGGAUGAUUGAUACACUGGAGCGGGUAGCGUGAGGUCCGUGUUUUUAUUCAAUGUCCUGGAUCUAAAACUUUGGCUCGAGCCUUUAAAGAUGGAAAAUCCAGCUUAUCAAUAUUUGCACAAAACACUUUCCCCCAGCGGACUCUUUGGCGAGUCAAUGAUUCAGACUCUUUGUAAGGGUUUAAAAAUCUUUUGGUGAUUACAAAAAAAAGAUGUACUGGUAUUACUUCUAUAAAUAAAAUCUUAAAGUAUAUUAAAUGUU